CACGGCGUUGAGGAGACGGCAGCAGAAUGCCAGAAGCUGGGAGCCACUGUUCAAACCUUCGUGGUGGACUGCAGCAAACGGGAGGAGAUCUACAGCGCUGCAGACAAGGUGAAGAAGGAUAUUGGGGAUGUGACUGUCCUGGUGAACAAUGCUGGUGUGAUUACAGCUGCUGACUUUCUCUCAACUCAGGACCACCAGAUAGAAAGGAUGUUUGAAGUCAACAUUCUGGGCCACAUGUGGACCACGAGAGCUUUCCUGCCAGUCAUGAUGAACAACAACUAUGGGCACAUUGUCACCGUGGCUUCAGCAGCAGGUCAUUUUGUGACUCCUUUCAUGGUGGCAUAUUGCUCAAGCAAGUUUGCUGCAGUUGGAUUUCAUAAAGCUCUGACAGAGGAGCUCUCUGCCCUUGGAAAGGAUGGAAUCAAAACAACGUGCCUUUCUCCUGGUUUUAUAAACACUGGAUUUGUCAAAAACCCCAGUACCAGGCUUGGAAAGAUUUUGGAGAUUGAAGAAGUCGUACAGGCUUUGAUGGAAGGAAUAGUGACCAACCAGAAAAUGGUUUUCGUUCCACCACAGCUAAACAUUGCUUUGCUUUCUGAAAUGGUGUUUCCAGAGCGCGCCCUGAAUGUUCUGAAGAAGAUGACCACUCCAAAGUUUGAUGCAGUCAUUGGGCAGAGAAGCACACAGUGAAAAGAAAGAAUUGAUUCUCAUUUCCCAGAGGCACCAGUGAAAAGGGAACGUGUGCUUAGUGUAGUUCAGCUGCCUGAAUUCCAAACAGAGCUCAGGCAGGUGCUUCCAGGCCACCAUUCCCAGGCACACCUAAGGGCUUAUCCCACACCUGCAGCUGGAGCACAGCUGCAUA